UUGUGAAUAUGCUGUGCCAGCUGAAGGAGGAGGGCAUGAUACUGAAGACACUCGGGGUGAACUAUACCUGCCCUGUUUCCCAGCUGGAGUUCCAGCUUGUCUCAGUGCGCACAUGUACCAGCUGUGGGCGCGAGUCGUCCACCAGAGAGGACUACAAUCACCUCUCAUUGGACUUCAGCUCUGAGCGCACCUUGCUAAGCAGCCUAGCACUCACUUUCAAAGGAGAAAAGGUUGAAUUCACAUGUGCGGGCUGCAAGGGCCUCCACGCCUCAAAGGUGGAGCAGUUCCACACACUGCCUCUUGUGCUGUUUCUGCAUCUGAAUAGGUUUGGAGGACCUGGGGGGUUGGAGAAGCUGGAGGCUCCUCUUUUGUUUCCUUCGGAGCUGAGGCUCUCCAACUUCUGUGGGGACACGGUGCCACCCCUGCACAGUGCCAGCCCACAGGCCCUCACCAACCAGACCCCCAAUAUCCAGGUGUCCAUACCCCUGACCCUUGCCAGCCAAAUCUCCAACCCACCUGGAGAGGCCAAAGAUGGCGCCCUCUGCUAUUCAAAUGACCAGGAACCAGGGAAAGUGCUGUGGACAGCCUCAGUGGUGAGGAGAGAUAGAGAGUGA